AUGUCAAAUGGAAAAUUAUUAUAUAAUAGGAGCAAUAAGGAGGUAAAGACAUCAGAAAACAAACCAAGCCCAUAUCAGGUUUCACAAUAUUUCUCAGAAACAAAUGAUGAAGCUUUAGAUAUCAGGUAA